CAAAUGCCUCAUGGGACUUGUAGUUUGGCAACAGCUGGAGGGCCGCCAGUUGGACACCCCUGUUGCGAAACUACAAGUCCCUUCAUGCCUCUGUCUCUGGGAGUCAUGCUUGUAACUGACAAUCUUGCAAUUCCUCAUGGGACUUGUAGUUUGGCAACAGCUGGAGGGCUGCCAGUAUGACACCCCUGUUGGUGAACUACAUGUCCCAUCAUGCCUCUGCCUUUGGGAGUCAUGCUUGUAACUGUCAGUUUUGCAAUGCCUCAUGGGACUUGUAGUUCUACAACAGCUGGAGGGCCACAGUUGCCCACCCCUGCCUUAGUGUAUACUACU